AUGCCACCAAAGGGAUGGAGAAAGAAUACGGAGGGACAAUACCCCCAGCCGAACAAGGAUCAAGAUUUGGUUUCAAUUGAUGAAAUUUUAUUCCCUCGUGCUACAGUCCAGAAGCUUGCGAAGAAUAUUAUGAAUGCUAGUAGUGACGAAGGUGCCAGUAAUAUGAUUCUUGCCAAGGAUUCCAUGAUUGCAUUACAAAGAUCAUCGACUGUAUUUGUAUCACAUUUAAUGUUCCAAGCCAGACAAAUUUCGAAAGACGAAGGACGUAAAACCAUCAACGCACAAGACAUACUUAGUGCUCUUGAAAAAGCUGAAUUUUCAGGGUUUAUACCGGAGGUAAAACAGAAGUUGAGUGUAUUUGAAAGUAAUAUUGCCUUGAGAAAGAAGCAUAAAGCUGACAAGAAGGUUCCUAAGCCAGAAGGUGUCGAUGCUUCACCUCUGAGUAAGAGACUUAAAGAUAAUGAUGAGCAGAUUAUACAGAGAGACAACAGUGCGGACAUGGAGGAUGACCCUGAAGCUGAAGCUGACGAAGAUAUUACCGAAGAGCUUGCUAAUGAUGAAGAUACGAAUAACAAGGAAUCAAAAGAGGAGGAGGAAGCUGAUGAAGAGCUUGACGAUGAAAAGGAUGGUGAAGAGGUGGAAGAAAACCCGAUUGCACUUUUAAGUAGGGAGGAGGACGAAUUGAGAGGCGAAGAAGCAGCGGAUGAAGACGAAGGGCAAAAUAGUUCAGAUGAUGAUUCAUAG